UUGAUGUUGAAUUUGUGUGCGGCUGCGCAAUACCCAACGCUUGCCAUUGCCGUUGACACCGUUUGGCAGGAAUAACCGAUACAAAGCAGAAACGGGAUCAUUUCUACGGACGCUGGGUGAUAUUGUUCAGGAGGCGGAGCUGCAUAUUUAUCAUAAUCUUUACCGUAAAAGCUCUGACAGAAUUGACCCUUAUGUGAUCGCCUUACCUCAUCGUUGGGCACAGCCAGCGAGGGCCGAGGAACAAAAUAGAAUAUCGCCAUUGAAUGACCCAGUACCCAGUGUUUCUUUUACCCUCCAUGUGGGUGAAGGAACUGUGUGUGUCAGAUUAUGGCGAGAAAAACAGUUAGCAGGAAAAGGAAGGCAGGAGAGCCGAAGGACCAACAACAGCUGGGUUGGUGUCAAGCGCCACAAAAGCGGAUCCGUAUUUCUUGUUCAUCGCGGCAUGCCCAGGAGUGGGAGUGCAGCCAGCGCUCUGUCGUGUGUGCCCUCCGUGGACGGGAGUUCAGACCCCAGCAGCAGCAUGAGCUUCAGCUUCAGCGGAGCCUGCGGGGCUUCGCUGCAGGCAAGCUCCCUGGAAUCCUCAAGGAGAAGGAGUUUUCUCUGGGACGACUAAACAAGGUGUUCGCAUCACAGUGGCUCAAUCAUAGGCAGGUGGUGUGUGGAACCAAGUGCAACACGCUGUUUGUCGUGGAUGUCCUGACAGGACAAAUAACACGCAUUCCUAUGCUGAAGGACAGGGAGUGUCGUGAUGCAGGCCCUGGGAUGGUAGGCCCUAUGACGACGGGACGCCGCUAUUUCCCAACAGGGGGCUCUCAUGACCGGCUGGACCAGCAAAGUUGUGGCAUACAUGCAAUUGAACUCAAUCCCUCAAAAACUCUGCUUGCCACUGGAGGAGAUAACCCCAAUAGCUUAGCUAUCUACCAGCUGCCAACACUGGACCCUGUGUGUGUUGGAGAUGAUGGCCACAAUGACUGGAUUUUCUCCAUAGCAUGGAUCAGUGACUCCAUGGCUGUCUCUGGGUCAAGAGAUGGCUCCAUGGGCCUGUGGGAGAUCACAGAGAAGGUUAUCAAUCAAUCCAAGAGUCCGGGGGACGACACAGUGCCCUCUUAUGUCCACAUCUCCCACCGUGCCCUGAAGGACAUUCCCAAGGAGUAUACCAACCCAUAUAACUGCAAAGUUCGAGCUCUGGCCUUCAACAACAGUCACAAAGAGCUGGGUGCCGUGUCCUUGGAUGGUUAUUUUCAUCUCUGGAAAGCAGAGCAUAACUUGUGCAAGAUACUGUCCACCAAGCUGCCUCACUGCAAAGAGAAUGUGUGCUUAGCAUAUGGGCAGGACUGGUCCGUGUACGCCGUGGGCUCUCAGGCCCAUGUUUCCUUUCUGGAUCCACGCCAGCCUACGCACAACAUCAAGUCUGUUAGUUCUAGAGAGAGAGGAAGUGGAAUCCGAUCUGUGAGUUUCUAUGAGCACAUUGUGACUGUGGGUACUGGCCAGGGUUCUCUUCUCUUCUACGACAUCCGGGCUCAUAGGUUCCUAGAAAACCCUUUUAAUCCAUCCAGCGGAUAUCGGAAGUGUCCCACAGAUGGCAUUCUUAAACUAACCACAGGGAAAGGCUGGCUGAAUCACGAUGAAACAUGGAGGAGUUACUUCUCUGACAUUAAUUCCUUCCCCAACGCUGUGUACACCCACUGUUACGACGACUCUGGUACCAAGCUGUUCGUAGCAGGUGGGCCGCUCUGCUCUGGCCUGCAUGGAAACUACGCAGGACUUUGGAGCUAGCCUCUUCCUCCUCCUCAUUCGCCUCCUUCACCACAUUCUAAUAUGUGACAGAAGUCUCUUCAUUGUCCUCCCUCCACGAGUUCAUUCGUAUUAUUUUCACUAUCCAUGUUCAUCAGAUGAUCUGUUUUUCACAUUUGGACUCAGGAGCAUGGUGUUUCAUAAGUUAAUAUUGUUGCUGUGUAUAAUUGUUUCCACUUUUAUUUUGCUUAUCUUCCCUGUAAUGAUACCUUGUCACAUUUUAUCCCCCCUCCCUCCCUUUUUAUAUAUAUAUCUAUAUAUAGAUAUAUAUGUGGAUAGAUAUGUAUAUAGAAAUGUUAAAUUACCUAAUAAUUUAAAGAGCUACAAAGUCUGCCACUGAGAAACUCAGAUUUUGAAAAUAAAAGUAUUCAUUUUAACAUCGUUUAUACAUCUGCAUCCAACCUGCAGGGAUUACGCUGUGGUCUUUGGCUUGCUUAUUUUUUUACUCAAGGAUAGUAUUAAUUGCUGCUUUCUCUGAGUGACUUUGUAAAAAAAAAAAAAAAAAAAAGACAAGAAAAACACAAACAAAGAAAAGUAGAAUUCAUACAUCGUUUGUUUUUGUUUGUUA